UGAGGUUAUUUAGUUUAGGCCAUAAAACUCGUAAGCGCCCCCAGUCGCUCGAUCCUCCUACUUGGUGUCGAAGCGGCUUAUAUCCGUCAUAUGCGUCCCCUCUGACAUGUCUACCGACCCUUCCUCCGACCCGAUCAUAUUACCACAGGUAGCAUUGCAGCAUGACUUCACCAGCGUUUUCGCUGACAUACGAGACAAUACGGUGUUCUCUGAGGACAUCUUCCUCUCCUGCUAUCAGCUUGGGCUACGCCCCGUUCAUGGGAAAGUAAAUGCAUCCCACGACGAAAGUGUGGCCUCACCCGAUGGAAUACUUCUUGAAUCAAGAGAUGGUGUCGAGCUGACGCGUCUCGACAGUCACACAUUCACUGCAUCGUGUCCCGCCCUCUCCAUUGUCAACACAAUAUUGCGUGCACCGCGCCAAGGGUUUAGCAUUAAUCCAAUAGAGAAUACUACUAAUGUCCGACGGAUCUCUGCGUUUGACGUCACCUCAAACGCCGCCCUUAUAGCUAUAGGCCAUUAUGAUGGGACUAUUACCAUUCAAUCCGUAUCUACACCCUCUGACCCCGAAGCACAGAAAUUCCCGUUAACGACCAAGAAACUGCAUUUGUCCUCCGUUCUCUCACUGCGCUUCUUCCCUUCCAACAAAGUUCUGCUUUCCGCUUCCUCAGAUUUGUCGCUGAAUAUCAUAUCCGCAACUCCACCAUCAGAUUCAAAUUCACUUGAGCUAUUAGCUGUGCCGCGAGUGCUCAAGGGACACAAAGCAGGUAUCACGGACACUGCCAUAAUCGGUGUUGGGCGAAGGGUACUGUCAUGCGCAAAAGAUGGCACCGUUCGCUUGUGGGAUGUCGGCAAAGGAGAGAAAAUCAGCACGCUGGCCUCAGAGCGGUUUGCUCCGAUUGUGAAAAUGGCCAUGAGUGGACGCAUCCCAUCCUCAGCGAUACCCCCUGAGCCAGUCGAAACCGCAGAUAGCCAAACCGACGUCGAUGAAAAUGUAAUUUAUGCUGCGCUUCAAAAUGGCGCGUUCAAUGUUUUCGAUCUCCGCACACGAAAUCUCAUUUAUGCCUCACCCACCUCGCGCAUCUCAUCAUCCUCCAAAGCAGCUUUAGGUGCUAUAGCAGUGGACGAUAGUUCAUACUUCCUCGCCACCGGUUCGCAAGGCGGCUUCAUCAGGGUCUACGAUUCGCGUUAUCUACCUCCACAAUCGCUGUUCACCUUCCAACGUAGUAACUCUUCUAUUGAGGAUUUACACUUUGUACCGUCGAAAGAUGGGGAAGGUGCGCCGCAACUUCUGGUUGCGACUGGCGAUGGAUUCCCGUUCUGCGCGAGUUUACACCCUGAUGGGCCAAAAGUAGCAGAGGAACUGGUUGGUUUUGCGGAUGAGAGCGUCACAGUGAUAAGAACGGAUGGGAAGGGGGCUGUUUGGGCAGCCGGCCAUGACGGAAUUGUAAGGAAGUAUUGA